AUGGGGGUUCGUAUCACCACAUGGAAUGCAAACAGAAAUCCGUUCUCCUAUGAGCCAUGGAGAGGAACGCGCACAUUCGAGUCCAUGUUUGAUACACUGGAGGCGGAUAUUGUAGUUUUCCAAGAAACUAAAAUCCAGCGCAAAGACCUCCGUGAUGACAUGGUCUUGGUUCCAGGAUGGGAUUGCUAUUUUAGUCUUCCCCGACCUUUAGGAUACUCGGGUGUUGUGAUUUACACACGCAAUGCCACAUGUUCUCCAAUAAGGGCAGAAGAGGGCAUUACUGGAGUUCUCUGUCCACCGAAAUCCUCAACACCUUUCUGCAGUCUUCCAGAAGAGCAACAGAUUGGCGGAUAUCCAACAUCGGAUCAACUUUUCAGGCCUGCUAUGGACCAUGAAGGGUCUGACCCGGAAGAGAAGCAGAGUGUGAGCUCGGUAUUCGAUACCAGAAUAGAUGCACAAGCGCUCGACUCCGAAGGGCGCUGCGUCAUUCUAGAGUUUCCUGCAUUUGUCCUUAUUGGUGUCUAUUGCCCUGCCUAUCGAAAUGAGAGUCGGGACGAUUUCCGCACAGACUUCCUCAAUGCCCUAGAUUGUCGAAUCCGCAAUCUGACUGCGAUGGGGAAGAAGGUGGUCCUGACUGGGGAUAUAAAUAUUUCGAAGCAGAGUAUUGAUGCUGCUCAUGGAAUCGAGGCCAUACGGAAAGGUACAAUGACAGAGGAGGAAUUUGUAUCUGCGCCUUCUCGACGUUUAUUCAACCAAUUGGUAUUGGAUGGUGUGGUUGUUGGUGAACGCGACGAAGGCAGGGAAAAUCCUGUCCUUUUCGAUAUCUGCAGGUCAUUCCAUCCAGAUCGUACAGGCAUGUAUACGUGCUGGGAUCAGAAACUCAAUGCUCGGCCCGGGAAUUACGGCUCGAGGAUUGACUAUGUGUUGUGCAGCUUGGAUAUGCAGGACUGGUUCUCUGACUCAAAUAUUCAAGAGGGAUUGAUGGGAUCAGACCACUGUCCUGUGUAUGCUGUCAUCAAAGAGACUGUAAAUCAGCCCGGAGGCGAGGUAAACAUCCGGGAUAUUCUCAACCCACCGGGGAUGUUUAACAGUGGCAAGCGCCAACAGGAGUACUCAAACGAGUGUGUAUUGCCAGUCUCGGGACGUUUGUUCCCCGAGUUCGACGUUGAUAAGCGCAGAAGUAUCAAGGACAUGUUUGCUCGCAAACCAACCAGCAUUCCGUCAAAUUCGGGAGAACUAGCCGCUACCCUGGCCAACAUCCCCACGACUCAAGUCACGAGAUCUACAGUCAUGCCAAAGGCCUUCAGAGCUACAGAUUCAGCCAAAAAGAGUUCUUCGCCCUCCAAUGAGAGAAAUCAACACCCUCAGACUGCUUCUCGCAAACGCCUCCAACCUUUACAAACCACAUUCGCGAAACGUCCCAAGCCCGCCGUAUCGGCGUCUUCCGAGGGCUCUGUGACAGGUCAAAAGACAUUGAUGGGCUUCUUCAAGCCACAUGCUGUGAAUUUACAUGAGGCUACCCGGUCACCCAUCGCUUUACCGGGCCCUUCGACACCACCACUCAGCCAUAGGCCAUCAGAAUUUCCACAGGAGAAGGGGAAAGCUCCAGCGGCCAGUCCGCAGCCUCCAUGGCCCCAGGAAGACACCAUAAGAAAGGCUGCUGACACUUCCACCGAAUGGCCGAUAGCCAGCAAGUUCAUUGAUGACGAAAUAAUUGACCCGAUUGUCAGCAAGGAGGAUUGGUCAAAGCUUUUCACCAAGAAACCCGUUCCACCCUGCGAUGGGCAUCAAGAGCCGUGUAUCAGCUUGACCACGAAGAAACCCGGAAUGAAUCGCGGUCGAUCCUUUUGGAUUUGUCCCCGGCCAUUGGGACCCAGUGGAGAAAAAGAAAAGGGCACCCAAUGGCGGUGUCCCACAUUCAUAUGGGCAAGUGACUGGAAUUCACCGACUGCAACACAGGGGCAAUAA